AGGAAAGACGGUUGUGGCGUGGAAGUAGAGAAAGCCGAGGCGAGAAGAAAGUAGGUGAGGGUGUAGUGUGGGAAAGCAAGGGGGGAGUUAAGUUCAAAGAUCACAAUUCUCCUACUUGGAAGGAUAAAGAGAGAAGAUACAUCAUCAAUACUCCUAACCCUUUCUCCAUCUUCAACCCUCACCACUUCCAACAAUGAGACUCUCAAACCCCCUCCUCACCCUCUUCCUCACCGCAGUAACAGCAACAUCAGACACCCCCCUCUCAACCCUAACCAUCCACCCCGCCUGCCCCAGUACCACACCUUCCGACGUCAUCGUAACCCGAUCCAACGCACCCAUACCCUCCUGUGCAGCAGGCAACGAGACAAAACCCCUGAUAAUCAGCAUGGACGGGGAUAAAACGAUGACGAUGACGGCGGGCGGAGGCGCGAUGAUGACGCCUAGUAUGAGUUCGAGUGGGAGUUCGGCGCAGUUUACUGGUGCGGCGGGUCGGAAUAAUGUAUUUGGAGGUGGGAUUUUGGCGGCGGUGGGGGGAGCGGUUGUUGCUGUUGUUGUUUAACAUCCUUCCCCGGGUCACGCAAAUCCCGCCGUGCCGUAAAGAACCUGCGGUUUUUUGCACCUUGAAAGUCGCC